AUGUUAUCGUCAUCCUAUUCUCCUGCCAGUCCACCUCGUUCCAUUCUUCUGUUUGAUGGAGUGUGCAACUUCUGUGAAGGCGUCGUUCAAUUCAUUAGCCAGAGGGAUACAGAGAGACGCUUCCAUUUCCAAGCACUGCAGACUGAGAAAGGACAUGAGAUACUAGACUACUAUCACCUACCCAAGGAUCUAUCAACUGUCGUACUAAUCGAAGAGGAGACUGGUACCUACUAUCUCAAAUCAACCGCCAUUCUAAGAGUACUCUACUACCUCAAAUAUCCAUAUCCAAUGCUCUAUCCAUUCAUUUAUAUACCUCAAUUCAUUAGAGACUAUUGUUAUGCUACGUUUGCUCAGUAUCGUUACAAGUUGUUUGGAAAGAAGGAUACAGAUCGUUGUAUUGUCAACAAUCAAUUGAAGACAAUGUUCAUCGAUUGGAAGAGUCCAUUCAUUCAAGAGGAUGAUAAUGCCACAGGACCAAAAGACACAACAACAUCAUCAAACAACGACAACAAGAAGAAGAGGUAG